CGAAAGAGAGAGGCAGGUUGUAUAAGGGGGCAGUCAAUCACUCAGUGCAUGCAGCUGGGGAGAGAGAGGGAGAGAGAGCGCGAGGAGGAUCACCCAGUCCUCUACUCCACACUCUCCGUUCACAGACAGCCAGGCAGAUUUUCUUGGCUUGGACGCAGCGCUCAUGACAGGAUUAGGAGCCGGGGACGCGGGAGCAACUGGAGAUCGGCAGGUCCUAGUGAAAGAACCCGAGCCAGAUUCACUCCCUGCACAGUGACCUCUCCAGCUGUUACUGGAGCGUGAACGGCCUCUGUGGGCUGCACAGCCGCAGCUGUGACCGGCCUCCUGCGUCCCGCUGCACCAGGCAUCCAGCAUCAGGCUAAGGCCCCCCUGACUCCUCCCUCCCACCAUGCGCCUCCUCGUUUCGCUGCUCCUCCUGCUGCUCGUGCGCUCGGCCGAGCCCCGGAGGGGCCAACGCUCAAGGGCGGCGGACAAGAGUCCCGCCGGCCGCGUACGAGGCAGACGUCAGUUUGACAUCACGGCACGUCAAACUCAGGAGUGUAAGGAAUACGUGGAGGCGGGAGAGAAGUACCUGGACUGUCAGGACAGACAGCUCACCUCCGUGAUGCAAGACUGGCCCAAAGAUAUUCACCACCUGCUGCUGGCCAGCAAUAAGAUUCAGGUUUUGAGGGACAACAUGUUCUCCCAGUUCACCCAGCUGAAGAGCCUGGACCUCCAGCAGAACGACAUCUCCCUGGUGGAGGAGGGAGCCUUCAGCGGCCUCUCCCAGCUCACCACGCUGCUCCUGCAGCACAACCGCCUCAAAACGGCCACCGAGGAGAUCCUGCUCCCGCUGCCCCGCCUCGCCUACCUCCGUCUCUAUGACAACCCCUGGAGCUGCCACUGUCUCCUGGACAGCCUGGUCCGGCUGCUGCAGGUGCCCAGCAAUCGCAACCUGGGGAACUACGCCAAGUGCGCGGGGCCGUCGUCGCUGAGAGGCCAGAAGCUGAAGCAGGUGAACGUCGACUCACUGUGCGACGCCGGGAAGCCGGAGAAAGAGAGGCCCAAACCGCCGCCCGUCAAAGAGAAGCAGCAGUCCAUGUGUCACACAUACAUGUUCCCUAAGCCUCUGCUGGACUGCAGCAACAAAGGUUUGAGUCGCAUCCCAGCCGAUCUGCCGUCUGACAUAGUCAGAAUGAAUCUGUCCAACAACAGCAUCAAACACCUCAGGCCCAAACAGUUCCUGCUGUCCAAAGAUCUCAAGCUGCUCAACCUUAGCAGCAACAGCCUGCACCACAUUGACACAGCUGCGUUUGCAGGCCUGCUGUACCUGCGUGAGCUUGACCUGUCCAACAACGACCUCCAUUACUUCCAUUACGGUGUCCUGGAGGACCUCUACUUCCUCCGGAAGCUCUCGCUGGGAGGGAACCCCUGGAUGUGCGACUACAACAUCCAUUAUCUUAUCUACUGGCUCAAGCACCACCCCGGGGUCUCCUACACUGGCCUGAUCUGUGAUGAGCCACAGGAGUUCAAGGGCUGGCGUGUUGAGGAUUAUGUCAAGACCUACAACGGGGAAUGUCCCAAGGACAAACAGACAGAAGGGACAGAUACUGGACAGGGAGGACAAGGCGGGUCGGACAAUGAGGUAAUGGGGACAGAUGGGGAGGUGUCAGGUCAGGGAGCUAAUCUGCCUCGCCCCAUACAGGAGAAGCCAAACACAUUUGAGAUCAUCAGGCUGAGCUAGAAUGGAGGGACAUCAGCAGACUGGUGUGGUUUUAGAUAGGUACAGUACAUGUACACAAGAAGGCGGUCUGUAGACAGGCUGAAGAACGGCUCAAUCAGCGAUUUGUUUCAUUUAAUUAGUGAAAGAAAAUGUCUAACAAACAAGGUGCUAUUUUCCAUUUUGCAGUGGAUGUUGAAAACAGGAUAUACUUUUCUUUACCUCCCAUAAAAACUUUUUGUGGUCUUUUUUUUAUUAACGUUUGAUACCAUGGCUGUUUCUGGAAAUAAAGUUGGUUUAUUUUAUUCUGAAAACAUGGUUUACUAAAUGAUCUUUUGCUCUGUU